CGCGCGGCUUCCCCCUCAGCGUACUCGAGUAAGUAAAGAAAACCCCCAAAGCGCCAGAAGAGCCAAUACUCCAAAAAAUACUACGGCGGUUCCUCGAGUACCCUAGCCUCCGAGGCAGGCCGUUUGCAACCUACCCGCACCUCAGCAGCCUCCUCCUCCUCCGAUCCAUCCAUGGUGUGAGCGCCGAAAUGUUUAUCCGCAUCACGUGACAUCGAAUUACCAAUUCCGCGCUAAAUCUUAAGAGACGUUCGUAGAUACGACCAAAAAGUCCCAGAGCCUCAAGAGAGGCCGUUUCAGACGCAACUCCCCAUCCACACAAUGCGCGCCACGAUACUGCGACGCUUCCUCACGCCGGCUAUAUGGAGGCCGGUGGUGCCAAUGGCUGCGCCUAGGGCUGCUGUGCUGUUGAUUUCGAAGAUUGCGCCGGCGGCAAGGGCGUUCAGCAGUACCCCGUCUGUUCUGGCGACUUUGAAUCAAGUCGCUAAGGGAUGCCGCAAACCCCAACGCGCUCGUAAACAAACCUCCCCAGCCAUGUCCACAGUCUGCGCCCCCGAGCUCAAAGGCGUCUGUCUCAAAGUCGGCAUCACGAAGCCCAAGAAGCCCAAUUCCGCCGACCGUAAAACGGCGCGUGUGCGUUUAAGCACGGGGAGAGUGGUGAAUUGCUAUAUCCCGGGUGAGGGACAUAAUGUGCAGCAGCAUUCGGUGGUGUUGGUGAGGGGGGGACGGUCGCAGGAUUGUCCGGGUGUGAGAUAUCAUUUGGUUAGGGGGGCGCUGGAUUUGGGUGGUGUUGGAAACAGAGUUACUAGCCGUUCGAAGUACGGGACGAAGAAACCGAAGAAGGCUGCUGUAGAAUAAGGGGAUGCCGGUCGGACACAGGGGGGAGGAGAGGUGGUGCAAGCUGGAUGUGCAAAUAAACUGUAUCCCAUACAUUGUAGGCGUUAAAGAGAGGGAAAUGUACCACUAUCAAAUUUAACACGGACUCUGCAUGGUCAAAAUGGAAGAAUUGUACGCAGGGUUAGCACAAAUACUCAUGAGUACUAGGUCACGUGCAAACCACGUGACUUUUAAUUUAAAGAGCUUUAUUGUGGGGGAAUGUUCGAGGUUUUGGAAAAAACAUAUGCAAGUUGAGAGG